AUGGCUGCUACGAACGGCGCUGUGAUCCCUCCGGCCUCCAUCCCCAUCCGGGGUGGCAGUGACCGGGCCAUGGCCCUCGAGCUGGAGGAUGGUACCGUCUACCAGGGUUACAACUUUGGUGCCGAGAAGAGUGUGUCUGGUGAAUUGGUCUUCCAGACCGGUAUGGUCGGUUACCCCGAGUCCAUUACCGACCCCUCAUACCGCGGCCAGAUCCUGGUUGUGACUUUCCCACUUGUCGUGCUUCUGGGUCUCCCUAAGUACUUCGAGUCGAAUGAGAUCCACGUCGCUGCAUUGGUGGUGGCAACCUAUGCUGGCGAGGAUUACUCCCACUUCUUGGCUAAGUCCUCUCUGGGUACAUGGCUGAAGGAGCAGGGUGUUCCUGCUAUUCACGGUGUCGAUACCCGUGCGCUGACCAAGCGCAUCCGUGAGAAGGGUAGUAUGUUGGGCCGUUUGCUGCUCCAAAAGGCCGGCGAUGCUACCGCUUUGACCGCGGCUACCGACGCCAACUGGAAGCCUCACUUCGAGGAGAUCGAAUGGGUUGACCCUAACACAAAGAACCUCGUUGCUGAGGUCUCUAUCCGUGAGCCCCGUCUCUACACUCCCCCCGCUGAUGUUGCUCUCAAGCACCCCUCGGGUCGCAAUGUUCGCGUGCUCUGCUUGGAUGUCGGUAUGAAGUUCAACCAGCUGCGCUGCUUGCUUUCCCGUGGUGUUGAGGUCAUGGUCGUUCCUUGGGACUAUGACUUCCCUGCUCUUGCUGGCAAAGACUACGACGGUCUGUUUGUCUCCAACGGUCCUGGUGACCCUGCGACCCUGACCACUACCGUCAACAACCUCUCCAAGAUGUUCAAGGAGUGCCGCACACCCGUUUUCGGUAUUUGCUUGGGUCACCAGCUGAUUGCCCGCUCCGUCGGUGCUACCACCAGCAAGAUGAAGUUCGGAAACCGUGGUCACAACAUUCCCUGCACAAGCAUGAUCUCCGGAAAGUGCCACAUCACUUCUCAGAACCACGGUUACGCCGUCGAUGCCUCCAGUCUUCAGGAUGGCUGGGAGGAGCUGUUCGUUAACGCCAACGAUGGCAGUAACGAGGGUAUCCGUCACACCACUCGUCCUUUCUUCAGUGUCCAGUUCCACCCUGAGAGCACUCCCGGUCCUCGCGACACCGAGUACCUGUUCGAUGUCUUCAUCAACACCAUCCAGAACACCAUUGCGUCCGCCGACGCUCUUGCCAAGCCCGUCCACUUCCCUGGCGGUCUUAUCGAGGACAACCGCAAGGCUGCUCCCCGUGUCUCUGUCAAGAAGGUCUUGGUCCUGGGUAGUGGUGGUCUGAGUAUCGGUCAGGCUGGUGAGUUCGACUACUCUGGUAGUCAGGCUAUCAAGGCUUUGAAGGAGGAGGGUAUCUACACCAUCCUGAUCAACCCCAAUAUUGCCACCAUUCAGACCUCCAAGGGUCUGGCUGACAAGGUUUACUUCCUGCCUGUCAACGCCGACUUCGUCCGCAAGGUCAUCAAGCACGAGCGUCCCGAUGCCAUCUAUGUCACCUUCGGUGGUCAGACCGCCCUUCAGGUCGGUAUUCAGCUCAAGGAUGAGUUCGAGGGUCUUGGUGUCAAGGUUCUGGGUACUCCCAUUGACACCAUUAUCACCACUGAGGAUCGUGAGCUGUUCGCUCGCAGCAUGGACUCCAUCAACGAGAAGUGUGCCAAGUCUGCCUCUGCCUCCACCAUCGAGGAAUCGAUGCGGGUCGUUGAGGGUAUUGGUUUCCCUGUCAUUGUCCGUGCUGCUUACGCCCUGGGUGGUCUUGGUAGUGGUUUCGCCGAGAACAUGGAUGAACUGAAGGAGCUUUGCACUAAGGCCCUGGCCGUCAGCCCCCAGGUGCUGAUCGAGCGCAGUAUGAAGGGUUGGAAGGAAAUCGAGUACGAGGUUGUUCGUGAUGCUCAGGACAACUGUAUCACUGUCUGCAACAUGGAGAACUUCGAUCCCCUCGGUAUCCACACUGGUGACUCUAUUGUCGUCGCUCCUUCUCAGACCCUCUCUGAUGAGGACUACAACAUGCUGCGUACUACUGCCGUCAAUGUCAUUCGCCACCUCGGUGUUGUUGGUGAAUGUAACAUUCAGUAUGCUCUUAACCCCUUCUCCAAGCAGUACUGCAUUAUCGAGGUCAAUGCCCGUCUGUCUCGAUCCUCUGCUCUUGCCUCCAAGGCUACUGGUUAUCCUCUGGCGUUCAUUGCUGCCAAGCUGGGUCUGGGUAUUCCCCUGAACGAGAUUAAGAACUCUGUUACCAAGUCUACUUGCGCCUGUUUCGAGCCUUCUCUUGACUACUGUGUUGUCAAGAUUCCCCGUUGGGAUCUGAAGAAGUUCACUCGUGUCUCUACUCAGCUGGGCUCCUCCAUGAAGAGUGUUGGUGAAGUUAUGAGCAUUGGUCGCACUUUCGAAGAAGCUAUCCAGAAGGCCAUCCGUUCCGUCGAUUUCCACAACCUGGGUUUCAAUGAGACCAGCGCCCUGAUGUCCAUCAAGGGCGAGCUCCAGACUCCCUCUGACCAGCGUCUGUUUGCCAUUGCUAACGCUAUGGCUACUGGCUACUCUGUUGAUGAUAUCUGGAAGCUCACCAGCAUUGAUAAGUGGUUCCUGACUCGCCUUAAGGGCCUCAGCGACUUCGGCAAAUCUAUCUCUGCUUUCAAUGCCAACGAUGUCCCCAUGCCUAUGAUCCGCCAGGCUAAGCAGCUUGGUUUCUCUGAUAGCCAGCUCGCUAAGUUCCUGAGCUCCAACGAACUGGCUAUCCGUCGUAAGCGUGUCGAGGCUGGUAUCACCCCUAUCGUGAAGCAGAUUGAUACUGUCGCUGCUGAGUUCCCUGCGGUCACCAACUACCUUUACCUCACCUACAAUGCCUCCGAGCACGACCUUAAGUUCGAUGAUCACGGUAUCAUGGUUCUUGGAUCUGGUGUCUACCGUAUUGGUUCCUCUGUUGAGUUCGAUUGGUGCUCUGUACGCACUAUCCGCACUCUGCGUGAGCAGGGCCACAAGACUAUCAUGGUUAACUACAACCCUGAGACUGUCAGUACCGACUACGACGAGGCCGAUCGUCUCUACUUUGAGAACAUCAACCUCGAGACUGUUCUUGACAUCUACCAGCUGGAGACUUCCAGUGGUGUCAUUAUGUCCAUGGGUGGUCAGACCCCCAACAACAUUGCCCUGCCCCUGCACCGCCUGAACGUCAACAUCCUCGGUACCUCCCCUGAGAUGAUUGACGGUGCUGAGAACCGUUACAAGUUCUCUCGCAUGUUGGACCGCAUUGGUGUCGACCAACCUGCUUGGAAGGAGCUCACCAGCAUCGACGAGGCCCGCGAGUUCUGCAACAAGGUCAGCUACCCUGUGCUGGUUCGUCCCUCCUACGUGCUUUCCGGUGCUGCCAUGAACACUGUCUACUCUGAGCACGAUCUGGCCAACUACCUCAACCAGGCUGCUGAUGUGUCUCGCGAGCACCCCGUUGUCAUUACCAAGUACAUUGAGAACGCCAAGGAAAUUGAGAUGGAUGCUGUCGCCCGUAACGGUGUGAUGGUUGGUCACUUCAUCUCUGAGCACGUCGAGAACGCCGGUGUCCACUCCGGUGAUGCCACUUUGAUCCUGCCUCCCCAGGAUCUGGACCCUGAGACUAUUCGCCGCAUCGAGGAGGCUACUCGCAAGAUUGGUAACGCCCUGAACGUCACUGGUCCUUACAACAUUCAGUUCAUUGCCAAGGACAACGACAUCAAGGUCAUUGAGUGCAACGUUCGUGCUUCGCGUUCGUUCCCCUUCGUGUCCAAGGUCAUGGGUGUUGACCUGAUCGAGAUGGCUACCAAGGCCAUGCUCGGCCUUCCUACCCCCCCUGUCAACGUUCCCAAGGACUACGUUGGUGUCAAGGUUCCUCAGUUCUCCUUCUCCCGUCUCUCUGGUGCUGACCCCGUUCUCGGUGUCGAGAUGGCCUCCACUGGUGAGGUUGCCUCUUUCGGUCGUGACAAGUACGAGGCCUACCUGAAGGCUCUGCUCUCCACUGGCUUCAAGCUCCCCAAGCGCAACAUCCUGUUCUCUAUUGGUUCCUACAAGGAGAAGAUGGAGAUGCUGCCUUCCAUCCAGAAGCUCCACCAGCUUGACUACAACCUGUUCGCUACCUCUGGUACUGCGGACUUCCUGAAGGAGAAUGGUGUCCCCGUCAAGUACCUUGAGCUCUUGUCUGGCGAAGACGAGUCUGACAUCAAGUCUGAGUACUCUUUGACUCAGCACUUGUCCAACAACCUCAUCGAUCUGUACAUCAACUUGCCAUCCAACAACCGCUUCCGUCGCCCUGCCAACUACAUGUCCAAGGGUUACCGCACUCGUCGUAUGGCUGUUGACUACCAGACCCCUCUUGUCACCAACGUCAAGAAUGCCAAGAUCCUUAUUGAAGCCAUUGCUCGCCACUACCCUCUGAACAUCCAGACCUCUGACUUCCAGACUAGCCACCGCACUGUGGUUUUGCCCGGUCUUGUCAACAUCGCUGCCUUUGUUCCCGGACUUGCCACCCCCGGCUCUCAGGACUUUGAGGCUGUCACCAAGGCUUCCAUCGCCGCUGGUUUCACCAUGGUCCGUGUCAUGCCUGUCGGUACCAACAGCUCCGUCACUCAGGCCAGCGAUCUGAAGAUUGUUCAGCAGAAUGCUCAGGACAAGUCUUUCUGUGAUUUCAACGUCUCAGUCGCAGCCACUGCUACCAACGCUGACCAGAUCACUCAGAUCACCGGUGAAGUGGGCUCUCUUUUCAUCCCCUUCAACCACCUUUCUGGUAACAUCAACAAGGUGGCCACCGUGACCAAUCACUUCUCCUCUUGGCCUUCCAGCAAGCCCAUCAUCACUGAUGCUAAGGGAACUGACCUUGCCUCCAUCUUGCUCCUGGCGAGUCUGCACAGCCGCAACAUUCACGUCAUGAGCGUGACCUCCAAGGAGGACAUCAAGCUCAUUGCUCUGAGCAAGGAGAAGGGUCUGAAGGUUACUUGCGAUGUGUCCAUCUACUGCCUGUUCCUUUCCCAGGCCGACUACCCGGAUUGCAGCGCUCUGCCCUCUGCUGAGGACCAGAAGGCUCUGUGGGACCACAUGAGCACCAUCGAUGUCUUCUCCAUUGGCAGCAUCCCCUUCCAGCUCGCUGGUAAGGAGGCUUCUCCUGAGGCUGGUAUUGCUGAGGCCCUCCCUCUGCUCUUCACUGCUGUUGCUGAUGGUCGCCUCACCGUCGAGGACGUGACCGCUCGUCUCUACGAAAACCCCAAGGCCAUCUUCGAGCUCCACGACCAGGCCGAUGCCUCCUUGGAGAUCGAGGUUGACCGUCCUUAUGUUUUCCAGAACGCCAAGUCUUGGUCUCCCUUCAACGGCAAGAUGAUGCGCGGCUCUGUCCAGCGUGUUGUCUUCCAGGGCAAGACCUCUUGCCUUGACGGCGAGAUCAGCUCUGAUGCUAUCAAGGGUGUUGACAUGUCUGCUCACCGCAUCGUGCCCACUUCCCCAAUCCAGAAGCCCACUACUCCCAUGGUUCGACCCGAGAGCUCCCUGGACCGCCACACCUCUGUUGCUGGCACCCCUGGCCGUCGCCUCCGCACUCUGGAGUCCACCGUCCCUGCCGUUGGUGAGCUUGGACCUCCUCUGUACCCCUCCUCCCAGAUCUCCUCCUCGCUGCAGGAAAUGCUUUCCCGCUCUCCCUUCCGUGGCAAGCACGUCCUCUCCGUGAACCAGUUCACUCGCGCCGACCUUCACCUGCUCUUCACUGUUGCUCAGGAGAUGCGUCUCGGUGUUCAGCGUCACGGUGUCCUUGACGUCCUCAAGGGCCGCGUUCUGGCUACUUUGUUCUACGAGCCUUCCACUCGCACCUCGGCCUCCUUCGAUGCCGCUAUGCAGCGCCUGGGUGGUCGUGUCAUCCCCAUCUCCACCGAGCACUCCUCUACCCAGAAGGGUGAGAGUCUCCAGGACACCGUCCGCACUCUUGCCUGCUACGGUGAUGCCGUGGUCCUGCGCCACCCCAGCCCUAACAGCACCGAGAUUGCCGCCAAGUUCUCUCCCGUCCCCAUCAUCAACGGUGGAAACGGCUCCAUUGAGCACCCUACCCAGGCCUUCCUGGACCUCUUCACCAUCCGUGAGGAGCUUGGCACCGUUGCCGGUCUGACCAUCACCUUCACUGGUGAUCUCCGCUACGGCCGCACUGUCCACUCCCUGAUCAAGUUGCUCCAGUCCAACUUGUCUCCCCCCAAGGAGCUGGCUCUGCCCGAGGAUGUCCGCCAGCAGCUUGUUGCCUCUGGCCAGCUGCUCCUCGAGACUGAGGAGCUGACUCCUGAGAUCGUUGCUCGCUCCGACGUUCUGUACUCUACUCGUGUCCAGAAGGAGCGCUUCUCCGACCUCGCCCAGUACGAGCGUCUUAAGAACAGCUUCGUCAUUGACAACGCUCUUCUGAAGCAUGCUAAGAGCCACAUGGUUGUGAUGCACCCUCUGCCUCGCAACGCCGAGGUCAGCGAGGAGGUUGACUUUGACCAGCGUGCUGCUUACUUCCGCCAGAUGCGCUAUGGUCUGUACUGCCGCAUGGCCCUCUUGGCCCUGGUUUUGGCACCAUAA